GGGGGCGUGGCUUGGGGAGGGUAGGCUGGAGAAUGCGGGGAGAACCAGCAGCAGCAGUCGGGCAGGAGUUGGUAAGGAACAUGGAAGGUGCGGUAGAGCAGAAGUCUUGUGUUGAAGGUGCCGGCCAGCACCCGGAGCAGCAGCAGCACCUCCAGGAGCAGCUCCAGCAGUGUAUACUUGACCUCCACACCAUCGGAGUGGUCAAGUUCGGCAGCUUCACCCUCAAGAGCGGCUUACAGUCCCCCGUGUACUUUGACCUUCGCAUGAUUGUCUCCUUCCCCAAGCUUAUGGAAACAGUGGCCGACCUAAUGUGGGCCAAACGACCUGGAGCUGACUAUGAACUAAUUUGUGGCGUUGCCUACACAGGCUUGCCCAUCGCCACUGUUAUCUCCAUCAAGCAAGAUGUACCCAUGCUGAUUCGGCGUAAGGAGACAAAAGGUUAUGGGACCAAGAAACUGGUGGAAGGGAACUACAAUGAAGGCCAGAAGUGUCUAAUGUUAGAGGAUGUCAUUGUUUCUGGUUCCUCGGUCUAUGAGACUGUUGAGACCCUUCGAGAAUUAAAAUUGGACGUAAAAGAUGCUGUGGUGUUUUUGGACCGUGAGCAAGGUGGUGCUGCAAAUCUCCAAGCCAUGGGCAUCAAUGUUGUUCCAUUAGUAACAAUGAGUGAGAUGAUGUCAAUUCUUCUGAAGCAUGGUCGGAUUGACAAAGCAACACGUGACUCUGUCUUGACUUUCAUCUCUUCACAUAAUGACACAUCGAUUGUCACCAGAGAAAAGGUUUCUGGUAAAAAUGGGCUACAAGUGAUGGAGCGGAAAAAUAGUUCCUUUGAGUCUCGUAGCACUACCACAAAUCACCCAGUGACUCGUAGGCUAUUUGAGAUAAUGUCCAAAAAGAAGACAAAUUUGUGUGUGGCUGCAGAUGUUAACACAACAGAGGAAUUAAUUUCCUUGGCAGCUAAGGUUGGGCCACAUAUAUGCCUUUUGAAGACUCAUAUAAAUAUCUUGACGGACUUCAGCCAAGACACCAUUGACAAAUUGAGGAACCUUGCUGCUAAGCAUAACUUUUUACUCUUUGAGGACAGUAAAUUUGGAGACGUUGGCAGUACAGUAGCCAAGCAGUAUGGUGGUGGCCUUUACAAGAUUGUAGACUGGGCAGAUCUGGUGACAGCCCAUGGCAUUCCGGGUGAUGGAGUUGUUAAAGGACUCAUGUCUGCUAUUGACAGGCGCACCCGAGGCUGUGUCUUGGUCGCACAGAUGAGUUCUUCAGGAGCCCUCAACUCUGAAGACAAUGUUAAAAAUUGCAUUAAGAUGGCAGAGAAUCACACUUGCUUUGUUGUGGGGUUUGUGUCCCAGAGCAGUGUGAGUAAUGACCCACGGUUCAUCCUCUUUACACCAGGGGUACAGCUUGACAAAACUAUGGAUGGGCUUGGACAGCAGUACGUGACUCCAAGAGCAGCCAUCCUAGACAGAGGUGCAGACAUUGUCAUUGUUGGCCGGGGUAUCACACAAGCCACUGAUCCAGUUGCAGCAGCCACCAGAUAUCAGGAGGAAGCAUUCACAGCUUAUCAAGAACGCAUAAUGACUUGAACAACUGUAGUAGUAAACGUUUAUACUAAUGGUAAAGUACAGUAUAUGGGUGUCAACCUUACCACUCAUUACAAUUCAAGCCACAGUAUUGUGGGCAAUUAAUUUACUUGAAAUCUUAAAUUCAGUCUAACCUGAAUAUACAGUGUGCUUCAGGUUAGGUUUAAAAUUUGUUAAGUUUGUCUCUCAUGAUCCAAGUAAAAAGUUGUGCAACAAUCCUCAUUAUGGAAAGGUAUCCACAAUGUUAAUGAUUUUAAUUGUUAAA